CGUCCUUUAAAAAAGUUAUUUGAAGUCAACUUUUCUGUCAGUAGGAACUCACCUUGGGACUCGGGAGGAGAUGCGUCGCUGCCAUCCUGGUCCGCCAUUUCUCCUGACGUCAGCUGAGAGGGAUCAGGAACCCAAGGGACCUGCUGACAGCCCGGGACCCUCCCACGGACAGACUGUGCAGGCUUACCCCCCCCCCCCCUCUGGACCCCCAGUAAAAUGGCUACGGAUUGGUGGGAGGAAAACUGAAACCAUGGCAACCAGCUGUUUGGCAAUUCCUCUGGUGGAGGAAGGGGAGGGAGAAGACAUUGGCCUGGAAGCCAAAUGAACAGAGGCAAGAUAUCCCAGGAGAGCCGAGGGGAUCCAUCUCUGACAGAACUCACCUUCUGUUAUCCCAUCGCACAGGGAGAGAAGGAAAGAGGCCGAGGCCCAGCGCAAAUUUAAAUCAAGCAGUCAUGGCUCUGCUGUCAGUCCUGACGCCUGUCCUGGCUGUGGUCCUGUGCCUGGUGAUAGGCUUCAUGCUGGUGAGUUCACGGGAGACAGAGACCACCUCGACCGACCCCGGAAAAACUGAAGGUGCAAAAAAAGCAGACUUUAGACCAUGGGUGGACCAGGACUUGCAGGACGAUACAGAAAUCACAGCAAAAGAGGACGAGGAUGGCGAUUGGGCGGACAGCCACGAGGAGGAAGACCUUCUACAUGUACCUUACUCACCACCACGUUACCCCGAGGAGACGAUGCUACAGAGAUCCAAGGAUCUGUACACUCUGAUGAACCAGCGGAGGUCUGUCCGAUUUAUCAGCCCAGAGCCAGUCCCACGAGAAGUCAUCGAUAAUGUCAUCUGUACUGCAGGUACGGCCCCUAGUGGAGCGCACACAGAGCCCUGGACGUUUGUCGUGGUGUCAGACCCCGACACAAAACACCGGAUCAGACAAAUAGUAGAAGAAGAGGAGGAGGUCAACUACCGUCAGAGGAUGGGGGACAAGUGGGUCAAUGAUUUGGCCAAAUUAAAGACAAACUGGAUUAAGGAUUACCUGGAUGUUGCUCCGUAUCUAGUCCUCGUUUUCAAACAGAGCUAUGGGAUUCUACCAAACGGCAAGAAAAGGACACACUACUACAAUGAAAUCAGUGUCUCCAUUUCCUGUGGAAUCCUGUUAGCUGCCUUACAGAACGUGGGUCUGAACACCGUCACAUCGACGCCUCUUAACUGCGGCCCCCAGCUCAGGAUCCUCCUCAAACGGCCGGCCAAUGAGAAGCUGUUGAUGUUACUUCCUGUAGGGUAUCCUGCGUCAGACGCCACUGUGCCCGACUUGAAACGCAAACCUCUGGAUGAUAUUAUGGUGCACAUAUAACAGAAUCAGUUUGUAAAGAAAAAAAUAAUUUUUCAUCAUCAUCUUAUCUCCAUCUGAAAAAUCCACAAAAACAUAUACCUAAUGUAAUUAUCCAUCCAUCUUCUCCCGCUUUUCCGUCAGGGUCGCGGAGGUAACAGCUCCAGCAGAGAGCCCCAAACUUUCCUUUCCCUGGCCACAUCCACCAGCUCUGACUGGGGGAUUCCAAGGCGCUCCCAGGCCAGUGAAGAGAUAUAAUCCCUCCACCUGGUCCUAGGUCUACCCCUCGGUCUCUUCCCAGCUGGACGUGCCUGGAACACCUCCCUAGGGAGGCGCCCAGGUGGCAUCCUCACUAGGUGCCCGAACCACCUCAACUGGCUCCUUUCAACGCGAAGGAGCAGCGGUUCUGCUCCGAGUCCCUCCCGGAUGACUGAACUUCUCACCUUAUCCCUAAGGGAGAUGCCAGCCACCCUGCGGAGAAAUCCCAUUUCGGCCGCUUGUAUCCGCGAUCUCGUUCUUUCGGUCAUGACCCAUCCUUCAUGACCAUAGGUGAGGGUAGGAACGAAGAUGGCCCGGUAGACAGAGAGCUUUGCCUUCUGGCUCAGCUCUCUUUUCGUCACAACGGUGCGGUAAAGCGACUGCAGUACCGCUCCCGCAGCUCCGAUUCUCCGGCCCAUCUCACGCUCCAUUGUUCCCUCACUCGAGAACAAGACCCCGAGAUACUUGAACUCCUUCACUUGGGGUAAGGCUUCAUUCCCUACCUGGAGUGGACAAUCCAUCGGUUUCCUGCUGAGAACCAUGGCCUCAGAUUUGGAGGUGCUGAUCCUCAUCCCAGCCGCUUCACACUCGGCCGCGAACCGAUCCAGUGAGUGCUGAAGGUCACAGACCGAUGAAGCCAUUAGAACCACAUCAUCUGCAAAAAGCAGUGGUGCAAUCCUUAGCCCACCGAACUGCAAACCCCCUCCCCCACGACUACGCCUCGAAAUCCUGUCCAUGAAUAUCACAAACAGGAUUGGUGACAAAGCGCAGCCCUGGCGGAGGCCAACCCUCACCGGAAAACGGUCCGACGUGCUGCCGAGGACCCGGACACAGCUCUCGCUUUGGGAGUACAGAGAUUGGAUGGCCCUGAGCAAAGACCCCCUCACCCCAUACUCCCGCAGCACCUCCCACAGUAUCUCCCUGGGAACCCGGUCAUACGCCUUCUCCAAAUCCACAAAGCACAUGUAGACCGGAUGAGCGUACUCCCAGGCCCCCUCCAGGAUCCUUGCGAGAGUGAAAAGCUGGUCCGUCGUUCCACGACCAGGACGAAAACCGCAUUGUUCCUCUUCAAUCUGAGGUUCGACAAUCGGCCGGACCCUCCUUUCCAGUACCUUAGAGUAAACUUUCCCGGGGAGGCUGAGUAAUGUGAUGCCUCUGUAAUUGGCACACACCCUCUGAUCCCCCUUUUUAAAGAGAGGAACCACCACCCCGGUCUGCCACUCCUUCGGUACUGUUUCCGACUUCAACGCAAUGUUGACGAGACGUGUCAACCAUGACAGUCCCUCAACACCCAGAGCCUUCAGCAUUUCUGGGCGGAUCUCAUCCACCCCCGGGGCUUUGCCACUGUGGAGCUGUUUAACUACCUCAGUGACUUCCCCCCGUGAGAUUGGAAUUGAUCCCCCUUCAUACUCCAGCUCCGCCUCUAACAUAGAGUGCGGAGUUGUCGGAUUCAGGAGUUCCUCAAAGUGUUCCUUCCACCGCCCUAACACACUAUCAGUUGAGGUCAACAGCGCCCCAUCCUUACUGUACACAGCUUGGAUGGUACCCUGCUUCCCCCUCCUGAGGUGCCGGACGGUUUUCCAGAACAACUUUGGUGCCGACCGAAAGUCCUUCUCCAUGGCUUCUCCGAACUUCUCCCACACCCGCUGCUUUGCGUCGGCCACGGCUGAGGCUGCUGCCCUUCGGGCCUGUCGAUACCUUGCAACUGCGUCAGGAGUACCCAGGGAUAACAUAUCCCGGAAGGCCUCCUUCUUCAGUCGGACGGCUUCCCUAACCACCGGUGUCCACCACGAGGUUCGAGGGUUACCGCCCCUUGAGGCACCCAAGACCUUGAGACCACAGCUCCCCGCCGCAGCUUCGGCAAUAGAAGCUUUGAACACCGCCCACUCUGGUUCAAUGUCCCCAGCCUCCACAGGGAUGCCUGAAAAGCUCCGCCGGAGGUGUGAGUUGAAGGCUUCCUGGACAUGGGACUCCUCCAGACGUUCCCAGUUCACCCGCACUACACGUUUGGGCUUACCAGCUCUGUCCAGAGGCUUCCCCCGCCACUCGACCCAACUCACCACCAGAUGGUGAUCAGUUGACAACUCGAUCCGAUUACAUGCUUAGCAGUGUAAUAACGAUUACAAAAUCGAUCAUGGACCUUCUGCCUAGGGUGCUCUGGUACCACGUACACUUAUGAGCAUCCUUAUGUUCGAACAUGGUGUUUGUUAUGGCCAAUCCAUGACUAGCACAGAAGUCCAGUAACAAACCACCACUCCGGUUCAGAUCAGGGGGGCCGUUCCUCCCAAUCACGCCCCUCCAAGUGUCUCCAUCAUUGCCCACGUGUGCGUUGAAGUCUCCCAGCAAGACUAAGGAGUCCCCUUCAGGAGCCCCAUACAGGACUUCUUUCAGGGUCUCCAAGAAGGCCGAAUACUCUGAACUGCUGUUUGGUGCAUAAGCACACACAACAGUCAGAGUUUUCCCCCCCAUGACCCGCAGGCGUAGGGAGGCGACCCUCUCGUCCACUGGGGUAAACUCCAACAAAGCGGCACUCAACCGGGGGCUUGUGAGUAUCCCCACACCCGCUCGGCGCCUCACACCUUGGGCAACUCCGGAGAAGAAUAGAGUCCAACCCUUAUCCAGAAGUAAGGUUCCAGAGCCGACGCUGUGCGUAGAGGUGAGCCCCACCAGAUCCAACUGGUAACGCUCCACCUCCCGCACAAGCUCCGGCUCCUUCCCCCCCAGAGAGGUGACAUUCCACGUCCCCAAAGCCAACUUCUGUCGCCUGAGUCUGGUCCGUCGAGACCCUCUGCUUUCACUGCCACCCUUCUGGCAGCGCACCCAACCCCAUCGUUGUUUCCCGUAGGUGGUGGGCCCGCGGGACGGAGAAGCGGAGGUGUUGCCCACGUUGCUUUUUCGGGCUGUGCCCGGCCGGGCUCCGUGGCAAGCCCGGCCACCAGACGCUCGCUGACGAGUCCUCCUUCUGGGCCUGGCUCCAGAAGGGGACCCCGGGCUUCCUCCGGGCCGGGUAUCCUCGCUUCCAAUUAUGUUCAUUCAUGAAGUCUUUUUGAACCAAUCUUAGUCUGGCCCCUUACCUGAGACCUAUUUGCCAUGGGAGACCCUACCAGGAACACAAGGUUCCAGACAACACAGCCCCAUUUCUGUAAUUAGAAAUGUUUAAAUUGGUUAUUCUAAAACUAAAGCUAUUGUUUACAUUAUACAGUAUAUAUGGGAGGAACCGAAAAUAGUGUGAUUGCAACCAUGGGUUGUGUGUACGUCAUCAGAUACAGAGAAACAAAAUUGGAUGACAUCAGUGUUUUCAUACAUUUCAAAAUAAAUCUUUGAUUGACAAGCGUAGUUUAAUAUACUUUUACUUUUAUUUUUAAGAAAGAAAGCCCUCUUGUUUAUAUCCUUUUUGUAUGUUUAUGUCCAGCCAAUCCUGUUGCGUUAAAGUAUAAAAAAUGAACAUUUCAUGAAUCUUCUUUUACUUUUUUAUUUUAUCAUUGUGACAAAUGUUACAAUAUUUGUGUGCUUUUAUUUCUAAAUCAUAUAAACACUCUAAUAUAUCAAAAACAAAGAAAUAAAGCCUGUACAUUAUUAUAUUGGAUAACAUUUGACUGUGAUUAAAUCGCCACUGGUGCAAAUCUUAAGUCAGUUAAACAAGCCCAAGGUCAACCUCGCUCUUACCAAACAAAUUAUAUCUAGCUGCUUUCCAGCACUGCUGUCAAACAUUAUAUACAAUCUGGGUUCAGUUGUUUGCUCUGGGAUUGCUUAUGUAAACUGUUUUUUGUAAUCUGACUAGACUCAGACAAAUGCAAUGUCUUUAUGAAAUAAAUGAAUAAAAGAAUUUGAGUUUA